AUGUGUGUGACACAAAAUGGAUUGUGUAGAACACCGAAAUGGAUCGAGUUGGAUAUUGUACUCGUUUCUUCCUGGUAUUACGAGAAAGCAAAUCAAACAGUUUGCUAUAUAAUGAAAAGAUCCUUUGGUACACUUACAAUGUUCAAUUACUUUUUGGAAGAUCCAAAUGAGGGUCGCCUAUUUCCAAGUGCUGAUGGGAAAAGAAGAAAGAGUGUGAGAUCAAAGGAGAAACUACAUAAUAUUGCCUGCAAAUUGAAAAGGCACGGCAUUAAAGGUGGUACAACGAAGAGUCAACAGACCGAAAGGAUUGAGAAAAGUUCUUCUGUGGUGGAACGAUUGGAAAACAAGCACGACUUGGCGCGGUUCGGAACUACUUUUGCGAUAUUAGCGCCGGAGUACCAUAUAUUUAGGACAAGCAACUAUGAUCACCCGAAUGAGUUGGACACGAAAAUAAUAAACCAACCAAGGGAUCUUGAUGUUGAGAACUAUACAAAUGAAGAACUGACGGCGCUUUUGGAAACGGUUGUCAACAACGCCCUACAGGGUGACUCUUCCACCUCUAUAACAAAGACACCAGAGAUAUACUUGUGCAUAGAGGGAAAUGACACAGACAUAGAAUCCACACUUGAAUCAAGCGAGUCUCCACCACCAUACUUAGGAGAAUGUGAAAAGUACACUCUGUAA